CCGCAAGAUCACAAGCCACUACGCCACACCCAGCUUCGAUCUGUUGAACGUCCCCAAUCAUACAUGUACCUACUAUUCAGUCUACUCAUACAUCGCGACUUCCUCAAAUCCAAUUCUACCGACUUUCUAAUCGCAUACCCAGAAUAUCAAAUAUCAAACUCAAGAUGGGUUCAUUACCAUGUAAGUUCAAAUAUGUCUAAUCCUAAUCAAACUUUGAAUGCGAAGCUCUAUACCCGCUUUGCCAUUUUUCUUUACGCAUAUCAACUGGAAACGGCUUUGCUAACCAGACGGGUGAUGCUAGACGCCGCCGACGCUGAAAGGUCCGUACUUUUUGCUCCUUCCUGCCCAAGACGAACACUCUCCAAUGAAUGCAAAAACUCCUCAGGCCCGAGGAGAGCCAACGCUGACCAGCCCGCAGCCCACUGAAGCCAGCCGAGCUUCAAGUCCUUCGCUCUCAAUAUGAAAAGGAGGGCGUCCAUGUCGGGGUCCAAACGAAAUUCAACUUUGCUUGGGUAUGGAUUCCUCUUUUCCUCUCUGCCACCCCCAUCCUAAUCUCUGGGUUACCAGGGCCUCAUUAAAUCCAACGCACGCAACGAUCAACAAGAGGGCGUCCGUCUCCUCUCAGACAUCUUCCGCACGUCUCCCGAGCGUCGACGAGAAUGCCUGUACUACCUCGCCCUCGGAAACUACAAGCUUGGAAACUACGCAGAGUCACGGCGGUAUAACGAUCUGUUGCUGGAUAAAGAACCCGCCAACCUGCAAGCCGAGAGUCUGAGGGGCUUGAUCGAUGAUAAGGUCGCUAAGGAGGGACUGAUGGGCGUUGCGAUUCUGAGUGGGGUGGCGAUCGCGGCGGGUGUGGUUGGUGGUCUUAUUUUCAAGGGGAUGGGUGCGAAAAAGAGGUAGUGCCGAGGGGUAUGAUUAUGAAUGAAGAUUUUUUAUUUGGGAAUGCAAAUGGGGAAUUCAUGAUAAUGGUGGGAGGCUUGAUUCGAUUGUUUGGGGUUAGGGGUUGUCUUGUAUGAGUACCUUUUUAUGGCAUGGGUAGGAUGUGUUUACGAAAUGUGUUAGGAGUAACGAACAUGGAUGAUAUUCCCCUCCAACUUGUUCUACUCGCGCUGUGAUAGUGAUAGCUUGGGUCUGAGAUGAUAGUUAAUUUGACACAUUAGCAAAGUAAUGGACAUGGA